GUCCAAGUCUCUUUCUGUUACCAGAACCAACUAGGGUUUUUGUUUCCUUUGUUCUUCUUCUUCUUCUUUUUUCCUUUGUUAAACCACAGUUUUGUCGUUCACCAAAUCACAAUCAUAAUCUAGUAAGUUUUGCCGUAUACUGAUGAGGCCGAUACUGAUGAAAGGCCAUGAGAGGCCGCUGACAUUUUUGAAGUACAACAGAGACGGCGACCUUCUAUUCUCGUGCGCCAAGGAUCAUACUCCAACCGUCUGGUUCGCCGACAAUGGCGAACGCCUCGGCACUUAUCGUGGCCACAACGGCGCCGUCUGGUGUUGCGAUGUCUCCAGGGAUUCGUCUUUGCUGUUAACUGGAAGUGCGGAUCAGACAGCAAAACUUUGGAAUGUUAAAACAGGGACUCAGCUGUACACUUUCAACUUCGACUCACCAACUAGGUCUGUUGAUUUUGGAGUUGGUGAUAAACUUGCUGUCAUAACAACUGACCCCUUUAUGGGAUUGCCUUCUGCAAUUCAAGUGAAACGAAUUGCCAGAGAUCCUGCUGACCAGUCCGGUGAAUCUAUUCUUGUACUCAAAGGACCUCAGGGAAGAAUUAACAGGGCUGUUUGGGGACCUUUGAACAAGACUAUCAUAAGUGGUGGUGAAGAUUCUGUAAUACGUAUCUGGGAUUCUGAGACUGGGAAAUUACUCAAAGAGUCUGACAAGGAGGCUGGUCACAAAAAAGGCAUAACAUCACUUUCAAAAUCCAAUGAUGCGACGCAUUUCAUCAGUGGUUCUCUUGAUAAGUCAGCUAAACUGUGGGAUAUGAGAACAUUGACACUUCUGAAGACCUAUACAACUGAACGUCCUGUGAAUGCAGUUGCAAUGUCUCCGCUUCUUGAUCAUGUGGUUCUUGGAGGUGGUCAGGAUGCAUCAGCUGUUACUACCACUGACCAUCGUGCUGGAAAGUUUGAGGCAAAAUUCUAUGACAAGGUUCUUCAAGAAGAGAUUGGAGGUGUUAAAGGUCACUUUGGGCCAAUCAACGCCUUGGCAUUCAAUCCUGACGGAAAAAGUUUCGCAAGUGGAGGUGAAGAUGGGUAUGUGAGACUGCAUCACUUUGAUCCGGACUACUUCAACAUCAAGAUCUAGACUAGAAUCGUCAAAUUAAGGGAUCUCCUUUCUCCAACAGCUCUUGUAGUCUAAUGGCCAACAAUUUUGCUUGUGGAUCUUACUUAAAACGCUCUAGUCUAUGGAAGCCCUGUAUUCGUGAUUAAUCUUAUUUUACAACUUGAGGAAACUGUGCCUAAAAAGAAAAAGGAGAAGCUAUAGAGAACUGUUUUGCGGUUUCGGAUAA